UUCGCUUCAGGGCCUGUCCCUCGGUGUGGUCAGUACUCCAUACUGUCGGACAGCGAAGCUUACACUUGUUCACUAAUUAUGACGAUUCACCAGGGCCUCUUUCCUCCUCCCUUUUCUGCUCACUCGUAGGGGUCGGAACCCCCACAAAGGGGAGGGAGUCGACUGAACAUCUCAUGACGGAAAUUUCGCCCGCAUCCGAUCCCCAAUUCUUGUUCACCAUGGUGGUACGUGACACUAAUGGUGAAAUUCUCAGAUCAGACUCUAGGUACUUCGUGGUCAUGCCACCAGUAUUAGCCGGAGGUGGCGGCGGAGUAACCAGAGGACCCAUAUUAGAGGCUCAAGAUGGAGCUCGUGAUGCUAAUUUCGUCUGUCCGUUUCAGGUGAUGCAAACCCCGCUAAAUUCGGACCAAGGCAGGGCAGUAUUUUUCAAACCUAAGGCACCAAAUCAAAUAGAAAUCACUGAAUCAAGUGAUGUUAACAUUAAGUUCUAUAUUGACAAUCCAAUUGGGAUGUGUAACAACACAGUGUGGGAAGUAGAAGGUAAUAUCCCAGGAACUGCAUUGAACCCAGCUUUCUUGUCAACUAAUGGUGGAGAGACAGGAAAUCCUUCGAAAGUGAACACUUGGUUUCAGAUUAAGAAAUUAAAUGACGAUGAUAAUGCUAAUCCUAUGUACAUUUUGGUGUUUUGUCCUAAUAAUUAUGAAGACACAUGCAGUGAAAUCACCAUUCAUUAUGUCUACGGACAAAGGCGUUUGGUUCUCAAAAUUGGCGAUAGCUUCCCAGUUGUGUUCGUUAAGGAUAAUAAUUAUGGAACAAAUUCGAUUGUAUGAUCCUUUUGUUUGGACGAAAUAUAUGAAUGAAUAAUGUACCUGUUUGUGUUGUCUA